AUAAGGCCAAAGUAUACAUAUUUGUUCAGUACCUCAAAAACUAUAACUAGAGCUGGCCACUGGUGGCGCACGCCUUUAAUCCCAGCACUCAGGAAACAGAGGCAGGCAGAUCUCUCUUAAGUUGGAGGCCAGCCUGGUCUACAGAGCAAGUUCUAGAACAGUCCAAGGCUAUACAGUGAAACCCUGUCUUGAAAAACAAAACAAAAAAUCAAACCAAACUACAUCCGGAAAUAAAAGGUAGGACCAGAAACCUCUGCAUGUGUGGCCUUUCCAGUCUGACCCGAGUGUUGCUAAGGGCCAGAGUCUCAGCCAUGAGUUGAGUGGCCUUUGCUUGCUUACACGUGGCCCGUGUCCUAACCACCUUUGCCUCUCUUCUCUCUCAGGUCAGCAAGUCAAGUAGCAGAGGUUCUGGAGGGCUUGACACCUUCACAGUAAUGGCAGAGAAGCGGCCCCUGGGCCCUCUGGGGCCUGUGAUGUACGGCAAGCUGCCCCGCCUGGAGCCAGACCCAGGGCCAGGCCAUGGCCUGCCCCUUUCUGCUGGUAACCAGGACUCCUGCAAUUACAAGGGUUCAUACUUCUCCUGCCCCAUAGCGGGUAAUCCCAAGUCAGGACCUGAGCGGUUGGCAUCUUGGACCCCUUACCCACCCUUAUACCCCACUGGUGUGGCAGGAUCCACACUCCGGGCUGACAACCUGUUGACAAACUGCCUGCUGUACCGCCCUUCGACAGAAGGCUCUGAAAAGAUACAGGACUCCAGUGAGCUUCUGCCCUUUGGUCCGCAGGCUCAUGCAUUCCCAGGCCCACCACUGGCAGCGCCCAAGCCUGUCUACCGGAGCCCUUUGUGUUACGGACUCUCCACUUGCUUAGGCGAUGGAGGAACCAAGAGACCAUUGGAUGUUGACUGGACCUUGGUGACGGGGCCCCUAUUGCCCUCUGCUGAGCCACCCUGUUCUCUAACUACAGCUCCUGGCAAGGGCCAGUCUCUGGAUGGGACGUUAUUGCGUGGGCUACCAACUGGGGCACCUGGCAAAGACUCCUCCCUGACUUUUUCCCCGUGCCAGGCACUGUUGGAGAAGUAUCGAACCAUGCACAGCACAGGCUUCCUGGCUUCCAAAUACACCAGUCCUUAUUCUGGAGAUUCCAAGCAAGCAGUGUCCGAGGGGCCCUCCAGUCCUUGGACCCAGCUUGCCCAGCCCCUAGGACCACCUUGCCAGGAUGCAGUGCCAGCCCACUACCCACUGCCCCCACCUCCACAGGCCUUGCCUUGCCCUCCAUCUUGUCGUCACCCAGAGAAGCAGGGAAACUAUGGCUCUCUGCUCCCACUGCCACCUCUAGGACCCCACAAGGGGGCUGCUGCGUACCAAGCUGGUGGGCUGGGUAGCCCCUACUUGAGGCAGCAGGCAUCCCAGACCCCCUACAUGCCCCCUGGGAUAGACACUUAUUCCUACUCCACUGUACCCCACCCAGCACCCUCCCCAGGCCUCAAGCUGGAGCCCCCUCUUGCUCCAAGGUGUCCACUGGACUUUGUCCCCCAAACUCUGGGUUUUCCUUAUGCCAGGGAUGACCUCUCUCUCUAUGGGGCAUCCCCAGGACUUGGAGGAACACCACCUUCCCAUUCCCAGAACAGUGUGCAGCAUGUGCCACAGCCCAGUGCCUUCCAGCGAGCAUGCCAGCCUUUACCAGCCAACCAGCCAUGCUCUGAGCCUGUGAGACCUGCAGAAAAGCCAACACCGGAAGCUCAAGAGAAGAUAUGGCUGCCCAGCUGCAGGAGAGAGCAACUCCAGCCCAGGCCCAGUGAACGUCCUGGGGUACCUAUUGUCAUCCGUGACAGUCCAGUUCCCCGCACCUCACCAUCACUGCAUCCCUGUGCCAAGGAGCGCCAGCCUUUUCCACAGAAGGGUGCCAGGCCUCCCAGCUCUCCACCAAUGCCUGUGAUUGACAAUGUUUUUAGUCUGGCCCCCUACCGUGACUACCUGGAUGUGCAGACACCCGAGCCCCCACCUGACGAGGAUUCUGCUCCAGCGACCAGUAAGAGCCAAGACAAAGAUUGCAAGGAGGCCCUGCCUGUCCAGGAUGGAGCCUCCAGGCCUCACUGCUCGCUUCGUGAGGAGGUGGCGCUGGACUUGAGUGUGAAGAAGCCUGUGGCAGAGGCUGUUCCUGUCAAGGCCGCUAGUCCUCAGGUGCAUGAGAAGCCCAUUGAAGCUGCGGAUGGGCCAGGUAUGGAAAAUACAGUGUCGGGUCUGCCGGGCCUAAAAAAGAUGGUCACAGAAAUGUCUGAAGUGCCCACAGAAGCCACACCAAGGACCAACUUCCACAGCUCUGUGGCCUUCAUGUUCCGAAAAUUCAAGAUCCUCCGUCCUGCACCCUUGCCUGCAGCUGUUGUCCCAUCCCCACCUGCCCCAGCUCCUGCCCCUGCCCAGCCCGUGCCCAACCCCCCAUCCGUGCCCAUGGGACUGCAGAUUCUCACUCAGCCUUUGCCAGUGGCAUGCUUCAACUUGGCCCUGCCUAGCCCACCAGCCGUAGCUGUGGCAUCCCCGGCCCCAGCCUCUGCUCCCGCUCCAUCACCAGCUCCUGCCCCUGCUCUGGCCGCAGGCCCUGCUCCAGCCUCUGCUCAGGUUUCCACUGCAGCUCCUGAGGACUCCCCAGAACAGCACUUUACAGGGCUGCACACAUCCCUCUGUGAUGCCAUCUCCGGCUCUGUGGCCCACUCUCCACCAGAGAAACUGCGAGAGUGGCUUGAGACAACUGGGCCAUGGGGCCAGGCUGCGUGGCAGGACUGCCAGGGGGUGCAGGGCCUACUGGGCAAGCUGCUGUCCCAGCUGCAGAAGUUCGUGUGCACGCAGCAGUGCCCCUUUCCCCAUGUGGUCCGGGCCGGUGCCAUCUUUGUGCCCAUCCAUCUGGUGAAGGAGCGUCUCUUUCCGAAGCUGCCGCCUGCCUCUGUGGACCACGUGCUGCAGGAGCACCGUGUGGAGCUCCGGCCCACCACUUUGUCAGAGGAGCGUGCGCUACGCGAACGCGCCCUUCACGGCUGCACCUCACGCAUGCUGAAGCUGCUGGCACUGCGCCAGCUGCCCGACAUCUACCCUGACCUGCUGGGCCUACAGUGGCAUGACUGUGUACGCCGCCAGCUGGAUGGCUUUGACACCGAGGCCAGGGCUUUAUCCCCAUCAGAACCCACGGUGACCAGAGAUGAGCCAGAAAGCCAAGCCCCGGCUGGGAAGUCAUCAGCUCCCAAGUUCAAGAAGCCAGGGAGGAAGCCACCAACACCUGGCCCCGAGAAAGCAGAGACAACCACGGGGGAAGGGUCAUGUGAUCCCUCACCCAGCUCUGGUGCCAGCACCAGCCCACCAGGCCCCACCCUGAGGGCACGCUUCCGGAGCUUGUUGGAAAACGCCUGGCUCAAUGGUGUGGCACUUCCUACUUGGGGCCACAAGGCCUCAGGACCAGAUCGUCCUUCGCCUCACCCCCAACUCCUGGGCAGCCAGAGCCAUCGUCUGUAGCAUUGGUUGCUAGUGUUGUUGGGACAACCAACCAUCUGGGACCACUGUGUACCUGUCCUGACAAUCCACCUGCUCAGGGCUAGAAGUGGAUAUUAGGGCUGGGCCCACCUAACUGGGCAGAGACUUCGUGAACUUUUUAACCUCAAGGUCUUUGUUAGAAGGGUUUCCUUCCCUUGAGAAAACCUGUGGGCAUUGGAGCCAAUCUGACCUGGCCUUGAAUCCUGGCUGCUGUGUUCCUUGUUGCGUGUUCUGGGCAAACACUUCACGUCUCACGAGCCCUUGUUCCCCCAUUUGUAGACUAAGACAGCACAGCCUACCUCGCAAGGGUUGUUGUGGGGAUGACUUCUGGCAUAUACCGUUAUGCUUUGGGUUGCUUCUUGCCCAGGACAGGCCUUUGACAUCUGUCAGGCUGUGGGAUAGAGACUUGAGGCUGGCAGAAGCUUCUGGUCAAGUCUUCAUACGUCUUGGGACCCACUUAUCUUCAUGUGGUACAUUGUACAACGUGUAUGACUCACACACACUUCCUCCCCCAGUCCACUGCGGUGCAGGGACCUGGGCUGGGGCUGACCUGAGAACCCCAUGUCUGCUCUGGAUUCAUAUCAGUGACCUACCUGGGCUGUGUCUCACACCCCAGUAGGACUGUAUAGAGUUGUACGCUUCUAGAGCCAAGCAGCUACAGAGACUGGACCGGACAGGCUGUGUGAGCUCAAUGCCGGGAGAUCUGGACUGGGCACCCUUGGUAUUUGCCAAGGCUCUUGGGGCCACCUCUCUGCAGUGGGCUGAGCUCAGCUGGUUGCUGGCAAGCUGUGGCUCCUGUCUUAUUUAAGGGUUUUGAUGAGACUGGGCCCUGGGGGCCAGCUAUUAAAAAGCAUUUGGGCUGUUUUUAGAA